AUGGACGAAGUAAUGACAGCCGCAGAUGCCUCGGCAAGGUUUCGAUCGGCGUCAUCUCCGCCGUCCAUUUUCCCUUCCAACGUCCCUCUCCUCUCCGCUUUCCUUGCCUUCGCUCUCGCUCAGUUCCUCAAGCUCUUCACCACCUGGUUCAAGGAGAAGAGAUGGGAUACUAAAAGGAUGCUUGGGUCAGGUGGAAUGCCGUCUUCUCAUUCAGCAACCGUGACUGCUCUUGCAGUUGCCGUUGGUUUGCAGGAAGGAAUUGGAGGAUCAGCAUUUGCUGUUGCACUUGUUUUGGCAUGUGUUGUGAUGUAUGAUGCUACUGGAGUAAGACUCCAUGCUGGUCGCCAAGCUGAAUUACUCAAUCAAAUUGUAUGUGAGCUACCUCCUGAGCAUCCUGUCUCCAAUGUCCGACCCCUACGAGAUUCACUUGGUCACACACCCCUUCAGGUUCUUGCCGGGUCCAUAUUAGGAUGCAUUGUAGCAUUCCUCAUGAGAACUUCGAGUUAGGAUUCGACAUGGAAAAUCACAGUUACUGAUAAUAAUGUCGUGAGUGCUCAUGCUUAUGCCGAGAAGAAUCAGACCAGACGAUUUUGUGACGUUCAACCAGUGUGGAAGUUCUGGUAUUGUAAUGGCUUGGGAUUUUUGCCUUGUGGCUUAAGCAAUUGUAAAUUAUACUACCAUACUUCAUAGUUUCCCUACCCUCUCCUUUUAUUAAUCUGUAUAUUAUGUUCUAAGAUUAGGUAGUGAAAACUUUAUUAAAUUAAAUAUAUCAAAUUUUAUUUGUUGGGAUA